ACAGGAAAUGAAACGAACCAACAAUGUUGAUAAAUGAGAAAAUAAAUGCAAAUCCAAUUUCAAGCACACUACAUAAACCAUAUACUGUGUUCUCUUCGGGAACACAUGUUUUAAAUGGGUAAGCACUAAGUGCCUUAAUUACGAUACAACCAAGAAGCGCUGCGUCUCGUCGUAGUUGUCUGGAGUUCUGUCGGGAGCUGUCAAAGACGGACUCACUGGUUUGUUCAUGAACAUGGAGGCGCGUCGCAGCGACUAUGUUAGUCUUGUGAAUUAGCCAGGGCGAGCAGGAUGUCGGCGGACGUGGAGUACAGCCCGGUGGGAGAGGGGCUUGGGAUGCAGGAGUCACGGCUGUACGUAACGAUGCGUAAAGCGGCAGUGAUCGCGGCACAUGUCACCGGACUGGGUUUGACCGUAACCAUCUCCGUGCUCUCCAGACCCGGAACAAGCUUGUUUUCAUGGCAUCCAGUCUGCAUGUCAGUGGCUUACUGGCUGUGUAUGACAGAAGGCCUGCUCCUCUUUGCGGAAGGAUCCCUUUGCUGCUGUAGAUCUCGUAAACGUAAAGUUGGUUUGCACUGGUGUUUUCAGGCGGUGGGGCUGGUCUCUGCAGUCACUGGCCUGGGCUUCAUGGUGGCCAGUAAAAACCGCUCCCAACUGCCUCAUCUGGUCUCCUGGCACAGUGUGUUAGGAGUGUGCACGCUGGUGGUCACUGCUCUUCAGGCUGCUUGUGGGUUGUGUAUGCUGUUCCCUCAGAUCCAGCAGGUUUCAUUAUAUUCUGCUAAACUCAAACUGUACCACACCACUUUUGGACUCGUGGUCUACUUUCUUGCCACAGUGACUAUUGUAUCAGCCCUGUUCUCCGACUGGUUUCAGGCCACAAUGAGAGGAGCGGCCUGGUGGAUUUUGCUUCUGGUGACCCUGCUUCCUGCUUUGGUUGUCAUGAAUCAAAUUAUUAAUUCACAUUUGCCCCACAAGAAGAUAACCACCUGAGAUUCUGCAAUACUCACGUAUGGAAAAUAAUUGUCCUGGUUUAGUUUUGGUUCAUGGUACAUUCAGAUUUAAUUAUUUCAGCAAACUUUUGUCUAGAGAUAUAUUUAUCUGUGAUUGGAGCAAUAUUUUUAAUCAAAAGUGAAGCAAACCCAGUCUUGUUUGGUAUUUUAAAAAUGUUAGUGUGCGAACUGUAGAUUUGUGGGUGUUUGGAGGGCUGUUACAUUUUUGUUCAAAAUAAGAUGCCUGCAUUAGCAACUUGUACUUUAUUUAAAAAAAUAUAUUUAUUAUGCUUAAAUAAACAUUGUGAAACAUUUAAAACACUAAUCAAAAAUCAUAUCUUUGGCCAAAUAUAUUACAUUAUUUAUUCUAUCUGAUUGAUACUAUGCAUUAUAACAAUAAUGACAACUCCGGACUCCAACACAAUUAGAGUCCAAAUCCUAUCAGGGCAAGGUAUCUCAAAGCAGAAUUCAGUUCAGUUAUACUUUCAACAGCAAUAACUUUUCAAAAUAUUGCCAUUAGCAAGUUAUUAUUCCAGCUCGAGACAAAAGAGUGGUUGAUGGUGACGUGAUGGUUAGAAUCCGAUCAGGUUUGGGUGCCGCUGGCUGCUCCGCCCUCUUCACAGAUGAAGGUGACAGAGUUGUUGAGCAGGUCAAACAUACUCACCUCCACCACCGGAGAACCCUCUUGUCCUUCUGCCAGAGCCACAAAUACCUGCUGGGUGCUCUCUACGUGGGUCUCACCUUGACUAAGCACCAGGUCUGCUGCAGUGCUCCCCUCAGCCUCCAGGAGACUCUUUGCUGCCUUCAAUUGCUCGGCUUCUUCCCCAGGCACUGCUGUGGCUUCAGCAGUGACCUCCUGUAUAAACACACAUAGUGAAUAGGCCUGUUACUAUAAUUACUAUAUCGACUCAUAGACUGUAUAUAUAAAUGGACAUAGUUAACCCGCUGUCCCCCAUGUUCUAAAUAGGGAAUGAGCAUGGGGGCACUUCCGGAUGUUUCCAUCCUGCUGCAGUGAGCCUCGUUAUGUUUCUAUUAACCCGCUCUACAUGAUCAUGGCAUUUUUAUUUUGCUCUUGUGUAUGUAAAUAAAUUCCUAUUCCUAAUAUGGACCUGGCUACAAAUUCGCUCCUAUAACUGCUAACCUCAUGAGCUUCAUUUGACUGGAGCCAAACGCUAUGGGUGAUGUCACACUAUUUUAGUCCACUUUUUAUACAGUCUAUGUAUCGACUUAUUGUUCAAUAUACGAAAGAAGGAAAAAAAAAAUAGGUCAAUAUUUAUUGAAUGUACAUUCUAUUUGCACUGCUGGGACAUUUUUGGUUAUUUUUUGGCUAUAUUAUAUGAUUUAAGCUGUAGAUGGUUGAAUAAAUAACUUCCAUGACUCAUUAAAAAUGCAAA